UUCUAUCAACUGUAUCUGUGGGAGCCCGAAGCUAUUUUCCCCACCCUACUACCUUGGUGGGGGGACCUUGUGUUCAUAUCUUGAUUUAAGCUGAUACUACGUUUGGGUGUUAGUGAGUCUCAGGGGUGAAAGGGGGAGGGGUGGCUGAGACCAGUAGCCUCAAUCAUGAAGAAGAUCUUGGUUCAUGGAGUUAAGGAAAAGACACCAAUGGGUUUCUGCGAUGUCCCACGAAAAAACCUGUUGGACUUUUUACGCGAUAUGAAAAGCAUUUCUGUCCCAAACGAACCCAGAUACAAACCUCUCAGAAAGAUCCACCAGGCUGCAAGCGAGGGUGAUACAGAGAGACUACAGAAAAUGAUAAGUCUUGGUAAACACAGUGUGCAUGACAGAGACUUUAAGCAAAGGACUGCUCUCCAUUUUGCCUGCGCCUAUGGCCAUGUGGAAGUAGUAAGUGUUCUAUUGAGAAAUAACUGUGAUAUUGAUGCCGCUGACAGGAACUCCAUCACACCUCUGAUGAAGGCUGUUCAAAACUGGACAUAUGAAUGUGUGUGUACAUUGUUGAAGCAUGGGGCUGAUCCAAACCGUAUGGACAAAAAUGGCAAUACUUCUCUCCACUACGCUGUGUCUGAAGAUAACCAGACACUGGCUAAAUGCUUGCUUAAAUACAGUGCAAACCUGGAACAAAAGAACAAGGACGGCUUUACACCACUUUUGCUGGCUCUCAAGGAAAACAAAAUAGAGAUGGCGAAGUUUUUAGUAAAGAAAGGGGCAAAUAUACACGUAUUUGAUGAGAUGAAAAGAAACACACUUUUAUAUGCCAUAAGAUGGGACUCAAAAGAUAUGGUCAAUCUACUUUUGGAUGAAGGCAUUGACUUUUUCUUUAAAGAUGUAUUUGGGUGGACUGCAUUACGGUAUGCUAUUGAAGGCACAAGUAAAGGUAGUCGAGAGAUUCUCAUGAACUAUGAUGAAAAGUUACGUAGAAAAAAUAAAAAUGGCAUUCCAGAAUACAAGAAAUUUGAAGACAACUCGUUAGACAAGCACCCCAAUGAUCCUACUUCUGGAUCCAACUUGCCUAAAUCAAGUGAGAAUGCAUGUGAUUUUGAUUAUGAGCUGGAUAUUUCUAAGUGUGCUCUCACUACAUGUCCUAGUAACAUAUGUGGGGCUGGAGAUCAAGAAGACAAAAGUGAAGCAAAAGCAACAGUAGAUGACUCAUCUAUAAAACAUCACACAUCAAAGCAUGGCACUGAAAAGGCAGAUUCUACCGCAUAUGAUGAAUCAGAAUCAAAUCAGGAGGAAUCAACUCUGACAGAAUCAGACUUAUUUACCACUGAAUCACUGGAAGAGAAUGUCUCCGAUGACAGUGAAAAUAUUCAGCCAUUGAGAGGUGAGGGUAUUUUAUCUAGGAAAUUUCAUGAAAGAAGAAAAAAUAAUGCAGCAAGAAAAAUUCAAGACAAAGGAAGCUACAAUACAGGAUUCAGUCAAGAAAAAGUUCAAGUUUUGAAAAAUCCUGCCUUGAAGUCUUCCACUAAAGGGAAAGUGUCCAUUCUAAAUGAAGUCAGGACUAUGACAGAAUCACAUCACUUCAUAAUAGAAUCUGACUUAGAAAUUGAGUCACUGGAGGAAACAUUUUCAUAUGACAAUGAAGAUAAACAGUCAGUGAGUGAUGAUGGACAUUUUUCUGGAACACCUGAAUGGGAUCAAAAUGAUACAAAUAGACAAACUACAGAUUCUGCAAAGAAAUAUCCAAACUUGAAGACAGUCAAUGAAAGGAAUCACCUCAUUCAAAAUAAACGUUCAGAAAAUAAGGAUGAAGAAACAUUAAACUCAGAACUAACUAUAGCAUCUACAUCAGAAGAAGAACAAGAAUGUCCUGAUUCCAGAGGGAAAAAACAACGGAUGCAAACUGGACCAACGGAUAUUGUUUAUUUAGUCACUGUUAAAAAUCAAAGAGAAGAAAAUAUGGGGAUGAGUCAAGAGAAAGCCACUCCCGAGGAACAUCCUGAACCUCAGUGUAGCACUGAAAAGACAUAUUCCAUUGCAAAUGAAGAAUCAGACACAAAUCAGGAGGACUCAUUGCAUGCAGAUGGUGUUUUGUCAACUCAACACAAAAUGGAGUCAUUUGAACAAGUUGUUGAACUGACAACAGAAAAAGAACAAAAAAAGGCAUACAACAACAGCAAGCAGUGCUUGAAUAUCUUUAAGCGACUUCGACCAAAGCGAAUUGGCUCUUUAUUCAUGACUAGAGAUAAAAGUGAAGAGAAUGCAAUAGCAGCUGAAGAGAAAGAGUUUCCCAAAGAAUAUGGUCAACUGAAGUCUACCACUGAAGAGGGAGAUUCAAUGCCAAAUGAUUCACGAACAAAAACGAGUGCAAAGUCAUUACAAACAGAAUCAGCAGUGAUGUUCACAACUGAAAAGGGAGAAAAGUGCCAAUUGGACAGUGAUAAAAACAACCAAGGGCAUAUGCUUAAGCAAUCUCAACCAAAAAUGACUUCACAUUUAUCUGUGACAGAAGGUCAAUAUGACGAAAGUACAAUAAAUGACCAAGUAAAAGUUUCAAUUAAUUGUGUGGAUUCACCACAAAAACCAGAUGUAAAAUCAAGAUUAGAGGAAGAACACAAAAGCCAUGGUAAUGGUGAAAAAUCCCAGCAUGAGCACAUGUUUAAGAUGCCUCGGCCUAAAGGUGCUGCACGUGUAUACUUUGGUAAAUGUCAAAAGGGAGAAAACACAGUAAAUGUGAAGAAUAAAGAUCCUCUUGAACAAUAUUCUCAGUGUAAGGCUACCAAUGAAAGGAAAGACCAUGAUUUAGAUAGUAAUUCAUCAAUGAUGGGUGUAAAAACUUCCUGUGCAGAAGCAAAUGUAAAACUGAAAACAGAGGAAAAUCUUGAUGGUGAGAAAACUAGUCAAUCAUCUGAUACUUCUACUCAUAUUCAACCAAGACAUGUUCCUCAGUUGUCAUUAGGAUUAACUUCAACACCAACAAAUAUGCUAAAUGGAGGAGGGAAAGGUUUUCAAAAGAAAUUUCUUGAAUGGAAGCCUCCCACAGAAAUGAAAGAUUCUGACUCAACAGAGGUGUCAGACAUGACGCCUGGACAAGAAUUCCCAGCAGAUGUAGACAUAAAACUGGAAACAGAGAGCCAAGAUUAUCUUGAUAGCAGUGAAAAUACUCAGUCAUCUAACACCAUUACAUCUCUUCAGUCUAAGUGCAUUCCUCAAUUCUCAGUUGGAAUAACUUCAGGAUCCACAAGUCUUCUAACUGAAGGAGAGCAAGCUUUUCAUAAGAAAAAUCCUGACCAGAAGCAGCUCACUGGAAGUAAAGUUCUUGCUUCAUCUGAAGUAUCAGUGCUGAAGCAUAAACAAGAAUUCCCACCAGAAGUGUACUUACAAAUGAAAACAGAAGAAAGUCAGAAAAAUCUUGACAGAAAUGAAAACAUUCCAUCAUCUAAUGCUGUUAUACAACCAAAGCAAAUUCUUCACUUACCAAUAAGACCAGCACUGAGACCCAUGAAUCUUCUCAAUGAAGGAAAGAAAGCUUUUCGUGAUAAGUAUCCUGAACAAGAGUCUUCCAUUGAAGAGAACUAUGUUUCCACUGACAAAUCAGCAGUGAAGUGUGGACAAGAGUUCCCAGCAGAAGCAGAUUGGGAAAUAAAAAUAGAGGAUUUUCAGGAAAAUCUUGAUGACAAUGGAAGUAUCCAGUCAUAUGACUCUUUUACCUGUCUUCAACCAAGGCCUAGUCCUUAUUUGUCAUUAGGAUUAACUCAAAGACCACAGAUUUUUCUAGAUGAAGAAGGGAAAGGUUCUCACAAGAAGCAUCCUGAAUGGAAGAAAAAUCCAUCAACUCACAGAGAAAAUUCUCUUCCCCCUGAGUCAUCAGAGUGGAGGCAUGAACAAGAGCAUCCAUCUGAAGUGGACAUACAGAUGAAAGCGCAUGGCAGCCAUAAAAACCGUGAUGGACGCGAGAGUUCUCGGUCGACUUAUAACAUGUCUGAUCUACAUCUGUUCCAUGCACCACCUUCAUCAGCAGCCACGGAUCUUCUACAUGAAGGAGGAAAAGAAGUCGAAUUAAAAGAUGAACCAGUGAAAAAUCAAAACAAUCUUGAGAGCAAUACCAAUAUUCAACCAUCUGAUAGUGUUAUGCAUCUUCCACCCAGGCAUAUUCUUCAUUCAUCAGUGGGAAUAAGUCCAACAUUCUCAAAUCCUCCGAAUGCAGGAGAAGAAGAUCUACAAAUGAAAUUGGAGGAAAAUCAAAGAAAAUUUGAUGGCAAUGAAAGCAUUCAAUUAUCUGAUAAUAUGAAGCACCUUCAACCGAGGCGAAUCCGUCAUUUAUUGAUGGGGCUAAUCCCAAGACCCAUGAAUAUUCUAAAUAGAAGAGGGAAAGGCUCUCACAAGAAAUGUACUCCAUGUAAGGAUCCUAUUGAAAUAAAAGAGUUUGAUCCAAACGCAAAAUUGGAAAGACAGGAAAUAAAAACAUUCACAUCAGUGAUGAUAGAAGAUGAUCAAAACCUGCGUGAUGGCAGCAAACAUAAGCAGCCACUGGUUGAAGCAACGAGGAAGAAAGAUAAAAGCAAUGGAACAGAAGAUGCGACUCAAUCCUCUGGCUCUUCAUUAGCUACUACGGCUCAUGCUAUCUCUACUGCUUCCGUCGUUGCUGCUAUUGUUGCAGCAACCGUUGUUGCUGAAGCUGCUCCAGCUGCUGCAGUUGCUGCUGCCUCUGCUGCCGUAGCUGCAGUUGUUGCUGCCACUGCUCCUGCUGCUGCUGCAGUUGCUUCUGCCACUGUAGCUGUUGAUGCUCUUGCUGAUGUUGCUCCUGAGGCUGCACUUGACAGUUCUGCUGUACCUGUUGCUGCUGCGACUGCUGCCGUUGCUGCUGCUGUUCCUGCUGCGGCUGUGGCCAGUGCCCCAGAUGGGGCCCCUGCUGUGGUUUCUGCUGCUGCCGCUGCGGCUGCUGCCGCUGUUGCAGUGACUUCGGUGGCUGCUGCUUCUCUCACUGCUGUUUCUGCUGCUUCUGUUGCUGCGGUGGUUGCUGUUGCUGUCACUGCAGCAGCUGGUUCCGAUGCUCCCACUGUUGCUCCUGCUACUGCUGCUGUUGCUGCUGUUGCUGCUGCUACUGGUCCUGCAGCUGCUGCUGCUCUUGUGGCUUCUGUUGCUGCUACUGCUGUCACACCUUGUGUUCCUCCUGCUGCUCCAUCGUCAGCUGCAGCCCCUUCUACUGUUGCUGCUGCUACUGCUGCUGCUUCUGCGGUUGUUACUUAUGCUGCUGCUUCACCUGCUGUAGCUGCUGCAGCAGCAGCAGCUGUUGCUAUCGCUGUUUCUGUUCCUACAGGUGCUACUGCUGCUGUUGCAGCUGUAGCAUCUUCCGAUACUCCCACUGCUGUACCCGCUGCUGCUGCUGCAGCUGCUGCUACUAUAAAACGAAGACCCAGCCCACAAAGAAAGUAUGUGAAGGAGAGGAGGCAGCAAUCCCCUGUUGAGGAAGCAGAGGAGCAAGAUGGGUUCAAAAUGACAAUAUCUACAAAAAACGUUAAGGUCCUAAAGCCAGUAAAAGACAUACAUGAUCUUAAUACAGUGAUUCCAGUAACUGAAUUAUGCUCAGCAGAAUAUCUUGAUAGCCCCUUAAAAAGUAUACCUGCCCUUGAUUCAUAUAAAGAGUUAUUAGAGCUUAAAGAAAUCAAUAUUCAGAUACUCACUGAAAAAACUAAAGUGGAAAAUGAAUUAUCUGAAGUAAAAGAAGAGAACUCACAGUUGGAGAAAAAAAUUCUAAGAAAGAAUGAAAGAAUCUGUACUCUGAGAUCAAUCAUAAAAGAACAAAUGGAGAAAAAAAGAAAUGUAAUUUUUGCUUAUAAUGAGGUCGUGGAGGAACUGAGAGAUAAAGAAGAGAUGAUACAGAAAAGUGGAGAGCAAUACAACAGACAAGUUUCAGAGACACAAGAGCUUGAAAUAUGUCUGAAAACAAGAGAUGUAGAGUUGAAGCAGCUAAAAAAAGAAAAAGAACAUGCACAGAAGAUGGAAGAUCACCUACAAAUAUUGGAACUAGAAAAUACCUCGUUAAUAGCGACAGUAAAGAAACAAAAAGAGGAAAUUGAACAACUGCAAAGAUGUGUGCAAAAUCCGCUCAAAAACCUGGCACAGAGUACCAAUUCUACAGAGACAGCGGCUCAGGAAAAUCAGAACAUGUGGAAUGACCACACUACAGUAAUAACUGAGAUGGAAAACAUAAUCAAAAGUCUGAAGUCUGAAGUAUCCAGUGUUAAAAUUUCCAAAGAAUUCAGCAAAAGAGAACUGGAAAAAUAUAAGCGAUUCUAUCUAGCAGAACUAAGAAAUAAAAACUUCUUAUUGCAUGAGCUAAACAGGACUAAUGAGAGUCGAGAACAGUCCCAUACAGAACUUCACAUGAAAUUUCAACAAAACAUUUCUGCAUCAAACACCCUGAAUACAAGGCUUGUUCAUGAGUGCUCUUGUGUGGAAAAAACCCACGAACUGGAAAACAAAGAUUUCCUCCCAGGGGAAAACUUGGUGUUGCCUUCCUCAAGCACAGAAUCAAAUCAGGUCUGCAUGGCACACUACCCAUGGACGUCUGAAGAUGAUGUGAGAGACCUAAGCGAAGGACUCAGUGACUUAAAACAAUCUAUUCAACUUAGUUUGGAGACUCAGCAAAAACAAGAUCAUGAAGUAGAUAAAGAACUAGUUGGAAUUGGGAAAUCCUUUAAGAUGACAGAUCGUAGACAUGAAAUUGGAGAAUGUGGUUCUCAUGGAGAUUUUGAAACCUGCCAACUUGGAAUUAGUACUCCGGCUACAAUGCCAGGAUGCUUGGCACAAGCAACAAGUAAACCUUAUUCAGAAUUCUUGAAGGAGAGCUAUACAACUUCAACAAUAAAUGCGAUGGAAACUAAAAUUAGAAGCCUUAAAUCUACACUCUCUAAACUGAAAGUUAGCAGAGCAUUACGUGUAUUAGAACUGGAACGCUAUAAAUACCUCUAUUAUGAAGAAUUAAACAUUAGAAAAUCAUUUCAAUAUUACUUAAACAAGAAUAAUGAAAAUUCAGAGAAGAACAAGUCAAAGCUGCACACGGAAACACAGCAGAGCAGCUCUGCAGUGAAUGCAAAAAGCAUGAGGCCUCUGACCGAGUGCUCUUCUGCUGGCUGUUUUGAUAGCAUCCCAGGACCCGAAAAGUCUUAUUCUGAGAGAAAACCAGACGGCAUCUUCCUUAAACUCUCAACCAUCAACAAGUGGCUUGGAAGACUGCCUGAAAAUGAUGCAACAAGUGUCCCAGUAGAAUUAUGGAGAAGCAAAUAAACCAAGGAAGACAAUCAACAAGAUUUCUGUUGACAGAUAUUAAACAAUUUGAAACAAU